GCGGCGGCGGUGGCGGUGGCGGUGGCGGUAGCGAGGGGAGCGCGGGGCCGGCGAUGGCUGCGAACCUGAGCCGGAACGGGCCGGCGCUGCAGGAGGCCUACGUGAGGGUGGUCACCGAGAAGUCCCCGACUGACUGGGCUCUCUUUACCUAUGAGGGUAACAGCAAUGACAUCCGUGUGGCUGGCACAGGCGAGGGGGGCCUGGAGGAGAUGGUGGAGGAGCUCAACAGCGGGAAGGUGAUGUACGCCUUCUGCAGGGUGAAGGACCCCAACUCUGGCCUGCCCAAGUUUGUCCUCAUCAACUGGACAGGCGAAGGUGUGAACGAUGUGCGGAAGGGAGCGUGUGCCAACCACGUCAGCACCAUGGCCAGCUUUCUGAAGGGGGCGCAUGUGACCAUCAACGCGAGGGCUGAGGAGGACGUGGAGCCUGAGUGCAUCAUGCAGAAAGUGGCCAGGGCCUCAGGAGCCAACUAUGCCUUCCACAAGGAGAGUGGCCGUUUCCAGGACAUAGGCCCUCAGGCCCCAGUGGGCUCUGUGUACCAGAAGACCAACGCCAUCUCUGAGAUCAAAAGGGUCGGCAAAGACAGCUUCUGGGCCAAAGCAGAGAAGGAGGAGGAGAAUCGCAGGCUGGAAGAGAAGCGGCGGGCAGAGGAGGAGCGGCAGCGACUGGAGCAGGAACGCCGGGAACGGGAGCUGCGGGAGGCGGCCCUCCGGGAGCAGCGCUAUCAAGAGGCACAGGCCAGUGAGGGACCCCAGAGCAGGAGGAGUGAGCAGCAGGAAGUGGCUUCAAGGAACAUAGAUCAGGAGCCGGUCAGUCAGCCAGCACACCCGCGGGAGAUCUUUAAGCAGAAGGAGAGGGCCAUGUCCACCACUUCUAUCUCCAGCCCCCAGCCAGGGAAGUUGAGGAGCCCCUUCCUGCAGAAACAGCUCACCCAGCCAGAGACCCAUCGCAGCCCGGAGCCCACCCAGGCCUCCUCCAGGCCCAGGGCAGAUAUCCAUGAGGAGCCCAUGUCCAGCGGUCCACCAUGUGUGGUGCAGGCGGAAGAGGAGGCUGUGUACGAGGAGCCCCCGGAGCAGGAGACUCUCUAUGAGGAGCCCCCAGUGGUGCCACAGCAGGAUGCUGGUUCUGAGCAUGUGGACUCCUACCCAGGGCUGCGCGGGAAGGGGCUGUGUGCCCGGGCCCUGUACGACUACCAGGCAGCCGACGACACUGAGAUCUCCUUUGACCCCGAGAACCUCAUCACAGGCAUCGAGGUGAUCGAUGAGGGCUGGUGGCGUGGCUACGGGCCAGAUGGCCACUUUGGCAUGUUUCCUGCCAACUACGUGGAGCUCAUUGAGUGAGGACCCUCCACUGCUGGCUGCAGCAAGGCCGUCCUUCCCUUCCCCACCCAGAUGUGCUUUCCUUACUUCUGGGAGAGGUGGCGUGCCCGGCACAAGAGCCACACUGUGCUCCUCCAGGAAUGGGACCCCCCCCCCACCAAACAAGACAAGCCCUUGGGCUCCCUCAGACUUGGGUGCUCAGCCUCUUGUCACCCUAGAUGCAGCAAUAUCCUGUGAUUCCCACACUUGGUAUCGCAGCUCCCAGGCUCUCCCAGCCUGGCCUUUGACCCCACAGAGGACUUGGAGCCACACCCUGCCCAUGGCCAGCCCUUCCGUGGCCUCUGCCUGAGGGGGACAGCACUGCCACACCGGGCGGUCUGCGCAGGGGUAUUUGCCUUUUCCUUUUCCUGGCUCUAAAGGGUGCUGGCUACAGCUGUUAGCGAGGCUCAGCGUCAGUGAACUGAGAGUUUAGGACCAAAGUCUGAGUGGGUCGUGACAGUAGGUGGGCAGCAGUAGGUGAUCUUUCCGGACCCUGCCCUGUGCUCCCAGUUCUGUCCCCCUGCCUGCGUGGCAGACAGUGAGCAGUGCGGACAGGAUAAAUAACUAAGCCCCAAUCUGUGUGUAGGAUCAGCAAACGUGUCCUUCCGUGUGGCACGCCCUCUUCUACUGGCCCUGGUGUGUGCGCUCCCCUGACUCUGGCUCAGGAACCAGAGCAGCCUGUGCCUGCUGUCUCACCCUGUCUGUCUUGGCCCAUUCGUGUCUGCUUUUGGAGCGAGCACUGCCCUCUCGUGACCCGAAUACCCCCGUGUAGAAACCAAUCCCUUCCCGGGUGUCUGGGGUGUGUGUGCACGCUGCGCCCUCAGACCUGGGGCCCACCAUGGUCUCCUGGGAGAGGCACAAAAGUAAAGAUGUGACUGAA